AUGUGCAGGAGGACCCCGGGCAAUAGCAGAAAAGGCCUGAUCCCGAAAAUUGGGUUUUUGUCCGGACGCCUCUGCACCAAAUUUGUCCGGACUGGACCUGGCCUACCACACCCCAAUCUCAAAAAUUUGUCCGGACGGCCAGAUCAGGGUAAAUUUUUCUCUACAAAUGUCCCACAAUUAUGCUCAAAUACCGGCUGGGAUGCUUUUUUUUUUGACAUCUCGUCGAUUUUGUCCGGACUCUGGCUCUGGGCAGUUUCGAAUUUUGUCACUUUUUGUCCGGAUUGGCCCCCAGCUGUAGGGCCUAAAAUCCACAUUUUUUGUCCGGAUCGGGACCAGGGCUUUCCUGCUAUUGCCCGGGGUCCUUGUGCAGGCCCGGCUUGGCCUGAAAGCCACGGCUAUGGCCCGGCUUUGCACGGCUCAGGCUCAUCCAAUUUCAAGCCUGAGCUUUUUGCAAGGCUUUAG